UAUUCGCUCCAUAAGACGCACUGACAUUUUCCCCCCUUUUUUUGGGGGAAAAAAAACUGUGGACACAGUACAGGGAUGACCAGAGACUGCGGACACAGUACAGGGAUGACCAGAGACUGCGGACACAGUACAGGAGAUGACCAGAGACUGCGGACACAGUACAGGGAUGACCAGAGACUGCGGACACAGUACAGGGAUGACCAGAGACUGCGGACACAGUACAGGGAUGACCAGAGACUGCGGACACAGUAC